AGCUGUGCAUGGAUUGACCUCAGAGACAGAGAGACGCAGAGAGAAAAGUGCAGUUUGCGUCUCGUCUGCAGCCGCUUCAUGUUCGCUCGGGGUGAGAGCGGCAGACGCAGAGGGAAAGAGGAAAAGAGCGCGUUUUCUCCCGCAGAGCAAAAACAAGAAAAACGUGCCACCUGGAGUCCAGAGUGAGAGGCAGGUAGACAGAGACGAGCCGAAGUGCGACCGUUUCGGAGGAGUGAGCGCUUCUGUUUGUGUGUGAGGGGAAGCUAGUGGAUCGUACAGCUGUGUAAUGCUUUGUGGAAAUACGGGACUGCAAAGUGACCUGAUUACACCCUGAGGUGAAGAAAUCACACAGUGAAUCUCAUGUUCCAGACCCUUCGGACGCCAGGUCUAUGGAAAUGCAGGACCUAGCCAGUCCUCAUAACCGUGUGGGAGGUGGAGAUUCGACGGGCUCCAAGCUGGACAAGAACAACCUUGGCAGCCCCUCCAUCACCACCAAUGGAACAGGAGGUGAAAACAUGACAGUUCUAAACACGGCUGAUUGGCUGUUGGGCUGCAGCAGCCCGCCCCCUGCCCCGAGCUCCAAGGACUAUGUGAAAACAGAGCCUAUGAACAACAGCGAUACAGUCACUACGACAGGCGACACAGUAUUGGACACAUACGCAGGCUCAGUAAUCACCAGCAGCGGGUACAGCCCUCGUUCAGCCCACCAGUACUCUCCUCCCCUCUACCCAUCGAAGCCCUACCCUCACAUCCUCUCCACACCGGCAGCCCCUCCCAUGCCCACGUACGCCGGUCAACCCCAGUUCAGCAGCAUGCAGCAGUCCACCGUCUACACUGCUUACUCCCAGACAGGACAGCCGUACGGACUGUCCACCUAUGACCUCGGUGUGAUGCUGCCGGGCAUUAAGACAGAAAGCGGCCUGGCUCAGAGUCAGUCUCCUCUGCAGACAGGCCUCAGCUACAGCCCCGGCUUCACCACCCCUCAGCCCGGACAGACUGCAUACUCGCCCUAUCAGAUGCCAGGUUCCAGUUUCACCCCAUCCUCAGGCCUCUACGCCACCAACAACUCAGUGUCCAACCCCGCCAACUACACUGCCACACAGCAGGAUUAUCCCUCAUAUACGACGUUUGGCCAAAACCAGUAUGCCCAGUAUUAUUCCGCCUCCACUUACGGGACUUACAUGACCUCCAACAGCGUGGACGGCACAGGCUCCACGGCGGCCUACCAGCUGCAAGAUCCCGCCCCUGCCAUGACCGGACAGGCUGCCGAGCUUCACCCAGGGGACUUUGAUACGGUGCAGAGCCCCUCCACGCCCAUCAAAGAGCUGGAUGACCGAGCCUGCCGGAGUGGGGGGUCCAAGUCCCGGGGCAGGGGCCGCAAGAACAACCCGUCCCCUCCCCCCGAUAGUGACCUGGAGAGGGUGUUUGUGUGGGAUCUGGACGAGACUAUCAUCGUCUUCCACUCUCUGCUCACGGGCUCCUACGCACAGAAAUAUGGCAAGGACCCUCCUAUGGCGGUGACGCUGGGUCUGAGGAUGGAGGAGAUGAUCUUCAACUUGGCUGACACACAUUUAUUCUUUAACGACCUAGAGGAGUGUGAUCAAGUACAUAUUGAUGAUGUGUCAUCAGACGAUAAUGGCCAGGACUUAAGUACUUACAGUUUUGCAACUGAUGGCUUCCAUGCAGCUGCAACCAGCGCCAACCUGUGCCUGGCUACGGGUGUCCGCGGCGGGGUCGACUGGAUGAGGAAACUGGCCUUCCGCUACCGACGGGUCAAAGAGUUGUAUAGCACGUACAAAAACAAUGUGGGGGGUCUGCUGGGUCCUGCUAAAAGAGACGCGUGGCUGCAGCUCCGGGCAGAGGUGGAGGCUCUGACUGACUCCUGGCUCACCCACGCGCUCAAGUCCCUGUCCAUCAUCAGCUCCAGGAGUAACUGUGUAAAUGUGUUGGUGACCACGACGCAGCUCAUACCAGCGCUGGCUAAAGUUCUCUUGUAUAGUCUGGGAUCCGUUUUCCCCAUCGAGAACAUUUACAGCGCAACAAAAAUAGGAAAAGAGAGUUGCUUUGAGCGCAUAAUGCAAAGGUUUGGCAGGAAAGUAGUGUAUGUUGUAAUUGGGGACGGUGUGGAAGAGGAGCAGGCGGCCAAAAAGCACAACAUGCCUUUCUGGAGGAUAUCCAGUCAUUCUGACCUGCUGGCACUACACCAAGCACUGGAGUUUGAGUACCUGUAACUAUUUUAGCAAUAUGGACUCAUGCAAUGUUACCAUGGACAUGGUCAGCCAGGCAGCCCCCUUCUUUUGUAUAACUAUUUAAGAACAAACAAUACACUGCAACUGUUUUUGUGAUUUUUUUUUUUUGUCUUGUUUUUUUGAACGUCUGGAUUUACAAACUCUGAACGGUCUUAAGAAGCAAAAGAAGAGGUGAAAGGAGGUAAAAGAACAGUGGGGUUAAGAUAUGACUCGACUACCCAGCUCAGCCGCCCGUGGUCUCGACGCUGGGAACCGACCGCUGUGAAAACCCUGUCUACUGUCCUUGCAGCUGUAGCAGACUGAAGGCCUGUAAAGGCUUAAGUCCUCCCUUGGUUUGGGAGGAUGUUUUUUUUUUUUUGGGCAACUCCAUGAUGUUUGGUUUGUUCUGGAGCACCCAGGCUAGCAUCAGGCCUGUGUGACUCACCUGGGACGAACCAUUUUCAGAAAAA